CGCUGAGUACUAAAGAGGAAGUGGGCUUGUUGUUUUUAAGUACUUGAAAGACAAGGGGUGGUUUGUAGUUUUAGCCUUCAUCUUCUAGGUGCUCCUCCAAAUUGAAAAUUGAACGAACACGUGGAACAAGAUCUCUCUGUCUUUUAGUUUCACAAGAUGGAGGCCCUUUUCGGUGAGGAGUCAUCUUUUCCGGCUGCGGGUAGCAGUUUUAUGCCCCAAGUGCCUGCUGCACCUACAACACAUUAAGGUUUACCACAUUGCAUUCUUGACUAAGAAGUAGAGUCCUUGACUUGUUUUUGAGACGGAUACGAUAUUUCAGGGAUGCGCUGAAGAAUGCAAUGGCGAAGGAAUCUACCUCUAAACACAGCCCCAAGUGCCGGUGGUGGGCGUUGUGUCCGGGUUAGUACCAGGAAGUAGUGCAUUACCACCUCCAGGUGCGCCUCUACCGGCUCCCGGCGGGCAAUUGCCAGCACCAGGCGGUGCCUUACCACCUCCAGGAGGACGAUUACCAGGACCCACAGGUGCAACGAGCGCAUUACCAGUGCCGGGCGCAUUACCAGUGCCGGGCGCAUUACCAGUGCCUCCAGUUUCAGUUAAGGCUAAAAGUAGUAACUACUAGACAGUUUCAUUUCUACAUACAAGGCAUUUUUCCCUAUCAUAAUUCGUUCCUCCUACUUAGGGUCGCGCUCUCAUCCAGGGGGGCCUGUUCCGGGAGGACACUUACCGGCACCAAGGCAUUUUUCCCUAUUAUAUUAAACAUGUUCCUUCUAGUAUUAGGACAAUUUUUGGGAGCAAGUAGAGUGAAGAGAACAGCAAGUUGAGUACUCUAAUCCUGUUCCGGGAGGACACUUACCGGCUCCGGGAGGACACUUACCGGCACCUGGCAGCGGUUUGCCGACACCAACCAACAGUGCUCAACUAGUGAGUGUACUGCCUGGCAGCGGUUUGCCGACACCAACCAACAACAGCGUAAGAGGAGGCUCAUCUUUUUUACCAGUUGUACAAGGCGCACCACCUGCAGGUACUAUAGUACAAGAGGAGUCCUCGCAACCUGGAGGUGUACAACACCAGUCACAACAAGCUCCUCCACGGUUCAUGCCACAGCCACCUGGUAUGCCGCGUAAACCGGGUACCCCUGCGGCUGGGGGCGGAUCUAUCUUGACACCUCAAGCAGUAGCAGGAGGCACUCAAACCACUA